AUGCAACGCGAUCGUCUCCUUCACUUUGACGCUACGACAGCAAAGCGAACUCAGGUCAUUGAUGACGAGGUGGAUUACUUUGUGAGUGAAGGUGGGGGCGGAGGUGCGGCUCUCUGGCUUGAUCCCCAGACUCGAGCUCGCGUCGCUCGACGCGUGGAGGAAUUGAGGGCUCAACGACACGCUCUUCGUUCUCAGGCCGUCACUGCACUCACCAUCGAUUUUGCCAACAUGACUGCCUUUGAACAAGUAGCUCGCAGCGCUCACUCUGCACGGGUUCUUCCCACAGAGCAGGAUUUGGCACUUUUAGCUACGCCUGUCACUGACAAAUCAGACUCAGUGGGAAUUUCAGACCCUUUUCUCAAUGUCCCAGCCCCUCAGUUUAUACCACCGCAUGGAGGUUCCAAAGUCGCAAAGAAGCGAGUUCAAGGCCCGGAAAGGCACCAACAACAGUUUCGUGUACAGGACACUGACCAGGUGAAGAUUGAAGAUCGCGGGUUAUGCUUGUCUAUGCACCAACCUUGGGCUUCACUUCUUGUUCGUGGUGUGAAAAUUCACGAGGGUCGGUCGUGGUAUUCGGCGCAUCGCGGGCCACUUUGGAUCGCUGCGGCGGCUAAGAAACCAGACGAAGAAGAGGUGCGUGCCAUUGAAGCUGAGUACCUGCGUAGCCGAGGUGCAAAACGUACUGACUUCCCUACCUCCUACCCCACUGGCGUCCUUGUGGGAUGCGUCAAUGUGGACGAAGUUCUGCCUCAGAAGGAAUAUCGAUUAAAGUUCCCUGAUGGCGAAUCGAAGAGUCCCUACGUUUUUGUUUGCUCUGAUCCACGGGAGCUUCUCAUUAAGCUACCAAUGAGCGGGCAGCACAAAAUUUACCGAAUUGAUCCACGCAUUCAUGCGGCCGCAAAGGAGAAUCUCACGUAA